UUUUUGCAAACAAUAUUUGGGAAUUAGCAAAGAAAAACUUCCGUUCGAUUGACAACAAUUAUUCAAGAAUGACUCAAUCUGUGAAACGCGAAAAAGCGGCUCGUAUCCCGACCAAGUAAUCAUUGUACGAGUUUGUUGAGCUUAGUUAGCUAUCGAUAACACAUCCUCGCAGACUACACUGAGGUCACGUUUCAGCCGAGAAUGAUUUUGAUUUACGCUUUUUUGUGUCUGUUCUGUUGUAGUUUACUGUUUCAGCCAGCAAGUAGCGUGACGAAUGCAUCGAACCAAGUUGCGUCCAACAAAACGCCAGUUGCUCCCCCGUCGACCAAAUGCCACAACGUGCACUUCAACAACUAUUACUCAGGACCGCCAAACAAAGACAUCAAGGCGCAUCUCAUCAAAAUACAGAAUCAACUCGCAGAUGUACAGAAAAAAAUCGAUGCAAUGACGGGGAACAAAACUUUUAAGCCAGUGAAGAAAAACUGUGCUGAGCUGUAUAAAUCUGGCAAAAGAAUCAACGGUGUUUACACAAUCGACCCCGAUGAUUCAGGUGCCUUUGAUGUCUUCUGCGACCAAACAACAGCCGGUGGAGGGUGGACGGUAUUCCAGAAAAGAUUGGAUGGCUCCGUUGAUUUCAGCACCCGCGGUUGGCCCGACUACAAGCGUGGUUUUGGUAAUCUGAAUGGUGAGUUUUGGCUGGGAUUGGACAAAAUAAACCGCCUGACGAAGGCAAAGAACAGACUGCGAGUGGAUCUCGAAGAUACACAAGGAAAGACUGCAUACGCUGAUUACGACAUGUUCGCUGUUGCAAGUGAAAGAAAUAACUAUAAACUCAGUCUUGGAACAUAUUCUGGUACUGCUGGUGAUUCAUUGGGCUAUCAUCGUAACUCACCGUUUUCAACCAAAGAUCGCGACAAUGAUAACAAUAAGGGAAACUGCGCCACGGUAUAUAAAGGAGGCUGGUGGUUCAAUUCGUGCGUAGUUGCCAGCCUCAAUGGCUACUAUUACAAUGGGCCUCACAAAUCCUACCACGAUGGCGUCAACUGGCGUUAUUGGAAGGGUGGAAGCUACUCUGCUAAGAGGGCAGAGAUGAAGAUCAGGCUCGCGUGAUUGUAAAAACUCGUUCGAGGCGUUUGUCAGUUUCAUUUUCCCGUUGUAGAUUAAAAAAAAAUAGUAGAGACCUCGAGUCAGUUUUGUAUCUUAAUGUGGUCAUACCUUUUGUGGUACUGUUGGAGAUUAUGUUGCACACGGUGUGGGUCAAACUUAUGAACGAUAGAGUAGUACACAGUCCAUUGUGCUUUCAUUUGGGUGAUUCAUUCUCUCGGUAAUUGGGUUUUUAAAUUGAAAUGCAGUCGCUUUUUUUAAUGUUUGAGUGGGUAUUGUAUUGGCAUAACAAUUUUAAUAAAGCCAUGGUCGCCUUUUCUCAACUAUUGCC